AUGUCUAGCUCAGAUGUAGAUGGCCAAAUCAUCGUAAAUGUGAUUCAGGUGCCAAUGUGUCAACUUACUAACUCUCCUCCUAAUACUCCCAUCAUUGGAGUCAUUGGAGAAAGGGUCGUUCUGCCCUGCCACGUGGUAGCAGAUAACAUUCCUGAGGUGUUCUCUGUCCAGUGGAUAUUUCACGAAGCGUCUCGAAAAAUAACUGCGAGCAGAUAUGAUGGAAAGAAUAAAAAGGAGAAACAAGAUGAGAGAUAUCAAGGCAGAACAGAAUUCUUCCACAGUAAAUUUAAAGCUGGCAACAUGUCUCUGCACUUGAAGAAUGUCAGGAGCUCUGACAGAGGGUUAUACACUUGUGUGGUCUCUUUCAAUGACACGUACCAUGAUGUGUUGGUUGAAGUUGAACUGCAAGUGGCAGCUAAAGGUGGCGUGCCUUCCAUUUUCCUGAGGAGUCACAUGAAGCAGGGCAUCGGCCUCCCCUGCCACACAGCAGGAUGGUUUCCUAAGCCUGAGGUGAUUUGGCUGGACGGCCAAGGACAGGUCCGGAAAGAACUAUCGACCACAAAGAUGACAAUGACGCCCGCAGGCCUAUACAGUGUUGUAACUUCCAUGAGCCUACAACCGGGCUCGGACAUGGAAGUCUCCUGCAGGAUAGUCAACAGUCUGCUAAAUACGAGGAGUGAGUCCCGAGUUCUGAUCUCAGGUGGGUGA